AUGUCACAUGUCAGCGAGACGCUGCAGCAGCAGGUGUCCGGGUGGAGUGUGUCCACUCGCUCUGCGGCGCUCACACUCGGAGCGCACAGCUCCAUCUGUGCACCGCGCGGACACACUGGCACACACACUCGCAGGAAGGGAUCAUCAGAGCUGAGUGUCCUCCGUGGUGGUGGUGGAGGUGGAGGUGGAGGUGGAGGUGGAGGUGGGAGGCAGAGGGCGCAGGGAGAAAUCCCCACGUCUCCUCAAGGUGUGAUCCGUGUAGAUGUCAACAUUCAAGACAUCGACCUGGACCAAUGUGCAACAGGAGACGGCUGGUUUGCCGAUACUCACCAGUGCAACCGCACCACCAUGGAGUGUGUACCAACUCCAGGCCGGGGCUUUCGACUGGGUCAGUACUGCUGCCGCUGUAAAGAGGGUUACUACAACCCGGACCUAGUCCCUCAAGUCUCAGGUGUCGACGCAGAUGGCGGCCCUUUGAACGGGAGCGAUGGCGGCAACGGCAACGGCAGUGCGUGUUACCCGAACAUGCCCGUCUGUCUCCCGUGCUGGCUGGGCUGCAAGAGCUGCCGGGACGGGACCCCCUGCUGGGUGCAGGCGGCCUGGCUGCUCAGGGGCGGCGUGCUGGCCGUCCAGGGCGUCUUCAUGCUCCUCGUCUUCGUCAGCAUGCUGGCGGCCUACAGGCAUCGUCGAAACAGGAGGAUCCGGGCGUCUGGCCUCCUGCUGCUGGAGACCAUCCUGUUCGGCUCUCUGCUCCUCUACUUCCCGGUCUUCAUCAUGUACUUCAAGCCGAGUGCUUUCAGGUGUAUUCUGCUCCGCUGGGUCCGAAUGCUCGGCUUCUCCAUCGUCUACGGGACCGUCACUCUGAAAAUGUACAGGGUGCUGAAGGUGUUCCUCUCGCGCACCGCCCAGAGGGUGCCAUACUUGUCCAGCCUCCACUUGCUGAGGAUUCUGGGAGCGAUGCUGAUGACGGUCAGCUGGUUCCUGUGUGCUUGGACGGUCGGCGUCAUGCAGAACCGCGACAGGAACAUCCCGGUGUUCAUCACGACGUCCACGUCGGACGGACGGGGCUUCAACAUGUGUUACCUGGACCGCUGGGACUACAUGAUGGCUGUGGCUGAGCUUCUGUUCCUGUGCUGGGGCAGCUCCCUGUGGACCGCCGUCAGGCCGGUGCCCUCCGCCUUCCACGAGCCUCGCUACAUGGGCAUCGCCAUCCACAACGAGCUGCUUCUCUCCUCCAUGUUUCACCUGUUCAGGUUCACCUUUCCCUCUCUCGACCCUGAUUGGAUGCUGCUGCUCUCCUUCGCACACACCCAUGUGACCAUCACUGUGACACUCGCCCUGCUCCUCAUUCCCAAGUUUCUACAUGUGUCCAAGCCUGGAAGAGAGGAGAUUGCAGCAGAGGUGUAUGAAGACGAAGUGGACCUUCGGCGCACUGGCUCAUACUUCAACAGCAGUUUUCACUCUGCGUGGAGUGAACACAGUGGAGUGGACCCAGAUGACUUCCGGGAUGAACUGAAGAAGCUAUAUGCCCAGUUAGAAGUCCACAAGACCAAGAAGAUGACCGCAAACAACCCUCAUCUGACAAAGAAGCGGAGUUCUCGAUGUGCAUUGGGGAGAUCCAUUAUUAGACGCAUUGCCGAGAUCCCAGAGAGCAUGAGCCGGCAGUGCAGCCGCGACGACAAAGAUGGACCCUCCCAGAGUAGAAUCAAUAUGAAUCGGUCCGAGUCCUUCAGGAGGGUCCCAGAUACUGUCAGUAACAGUUACAGAAGUUCAAUGAAAUCCCCUUCACGAUCACCAUCCAUGCGCAAGUCCCAAAGUGAUCAUCACUAUGUCAGGGAAAGAGACCCUUCAUUGCAUGACAGAAUGUUAAAAGCCAAUGCUGUGAAGAGAUCUUCCCAGCAAUCAGAGACAGAGUCCUUGGAUAUUCCACUGGGGGUCUACAAGUCAGCCAGUGCCCAGAAUCUGUCAAUUGAUACAAAUCUCCUGCAUCCUGAUCACACCAAGCUUCAUAAGUCCAGGAGUCUAACGUCCACGACCGCCCAGUCCAUGGAGAACAUACCCAAGGUUAAGCAAGCCAGCACAGUGUUGACAAGAUCCAGGCAGAGCGUUUCCAUAAGUGACCAGACCCGUAGUGCUCUCAGUCAGUCAGGGUCAUUUGACAAGGCUGAAGUUUGUCCUUGGGAGGUGGACCAAGAACAAUCAGGGGACAAAAACCAGAAGCAUGUCACCUAUGCAAACUCUGAAGAUGGUGAGGACAAAGGGCCACUAUCUACAAACAAGCUUGUCUGUCCAUGGGAAUAUUUACCACCUGUAGAAAAGAAUCCUUCAGAGGAUAAAGGAAUAGGUGAAAGUGAGUCUCCAAAACCACAGGCUCCUGUGUCUGCAAGUGCACCAGGGACUCCAAGACCAAAGGUCACAAAAGAUCAACGUGUCUUCUCCUUCCGCACCAACACAACCAAUAAGUGGCUCUCUGUGAAAUCAGUUAUGAGAUCUGUGGAUGUAGUAAAAUCCAGUAAGGAGGGAGAUUUAAAUAAAGAGGAUUCUGUUUCACAAAAAAGUCAGGAAAAUGCUUCCACAACGCCAAGAUCUAGAUCAUCUAGUAGACGUCCAAGCAUUGAAAAGAGGUCAAUGCAGAAAAGAAGUAUGACAACAGCAGACAAACCAUGCCUUGUAAAGCAGAAUGCCGUUAGGCUUUCCUCUGGGGAUUCCUCCGACAGAAGCCCAAGAAAGUUUAUGAUUGUAAAAUCUGCUGUCUACUCUUGGGACACGGAUGACAUGCAAAAAGAUGGCACUUGUGAAAAUGUGUUUUUAUCAAGGCAGAAUAGCAGACGUAGUAGUGGAAGCUCUUCAACUGCCAGCAGCUGUAGAACUCCUUUAAUUCACAGAAGAGGUAGUAAUCGAAUUACACCAGUUCGCAAUAUUUCCUACGCUGAUGUGUGUCCCUGGGAUGGAGCUGGUACUUUCCAGGAAGGAGAGAGACUAAAGAACCAGCAGAGCAUUAAAGCAGAUGUCUGCCCUUGGGAAUCGGAGGUAUCAGAACCAUCUAAUGUAUGUCUGCUGGAUUCUCUAGAGCAAAGGAAUGUGAGAAGAAAAAGUGUUCAUGGUGAGGUGUGUCCUUGGGAAUCGCAGGAUAUUCCCAUUAUUUCUUAUACUAACACAUCCAAAGAUUCACUGACCGAACUGUCUUUGAAACGUCCAGCAGAUGUAUGUCCCUGGGAGACUGAAGAAAGUCCCCAACCUUCAAUACGGCAAGAUAAUGAAUUUGCCAAUGUAUGUCCAUGGGUUGUUCAGGACAAAGCUGAAGUCGUAUAUGAAAACCUAAGUCCUUUGCAGACCAAGCAAGGCCUGUCAGUGCCCCUUAAGCAAGAAGUUAUGAAAGCUGCCGUCUAUCCCGGUGCAUCAAAAGAAAGUUUAAGUAAUGAGAAGCAACCCAAUGCUAAAUCAACUUCCCUGCCUUUGGGUAAGCAAGAAACUAAGGCAGCAGAAAGUUGUCCAUGGGAUUUCCCUGAUCCACCCAAAAACUUGGGAAACAUUUGUCCAUGGGAAGAGGAGAACAUCGAGCCAACAAAUACAGGCUCAACAACACAGAUUAAGAUAAAUAUUUGUCCAUGGGAGGCUGAACCUCAAGACAAACCACAAGAUUUAAAAAAAGGUAUCCCGCCUUUGAGAACUGAUUCCGUACAGAUUGAUAGGAAAGACGACACAAGAGUAAAUAUAUGUCCCUGGGAAACUGACCUCCCUGAGACAAAUGCAGCAACCAAGAUUGUGGUAAAAGGACUGGAAAACCUGGCAGAUGUUUGUCCAUGGGAAAGUGGCGAACCAGAAUCUGGAAAGCCUCAGACCCCCAAAACAUCAGAGAGUCAUGUAAAGAAAGACACAUCUCGCACAAGUAUUUGUCCAUGGGAUACAGAGGAAGCAGGGGUAGUCAAAACUGAAGUAUCAAAAAUAUCAGAGGUACAAGGACAAGGAAAUUCCAGAGAAGAAGUGGGUCUGUGUGAGACAGAAGCCCCAAAGGCUCUUAAAAAGCAAGACAGGGCUCUGGCAGAUGUUUGUCCAUGGGAGACAGACGAGCCAAAGGUCCUCAAAAAGCAAGACAGCACUGAAGCAGACAUUUGUCCCUGGGAAUCCAAGAAUCCACAAACAUCAACCGAAAUCAAAGUCGAUAUUCCCAACAGGGACCGAGAUGAGGUCACAGAGACCCAGGGGUCCUUCAGUGUAGAAGAGACUCCAGCAGAUAACGGCAGCGAGCAGAUAGAUGACUCUAGAGAAAACUUAGCCCUGGGCCGGCGUGAUGCUUUGUGUCCCUGGGAGAUGGAAAGGAGCAGAUCUAGUUCCUUCACAGACAAUGCUUCAGACAUCUUCACAUGGGAGCCUGAGAAUAUUCCAGAGGAAGAUGAAGAGGAAGACGAUGCAGAAUGUGCUGCGGAGGCUUUUGUAUUCCCACCCGACUUGUGAUCUACAUCUAGCCAGCAUUUGCUUUCACUUUUGAACCCUUCAACUAAAUCAAAGGGAUGGUGAACUCAAUAAAAAACAUUUUAGACCAUCUAUUGAUGGUCAAGGGCAUAUUUGAUGUUCCACGGUGGAGGUCAGAGUGUCGGGGUCAUCUCAUGACCAGCUCCCCUUCAGCUGCCAGAGCUGAAAAAACCUUGGACAAUUACUUGGGCUGAUCAAAGACAGAACUUAGGGCUGUUAUUUCAAGUUGGGACUAUCCAUUUGGGCCAGAUACUUGAUGAGCUGGACACAGUAAGUCGUGCAAACCUGACUGGAAAAAAGUUUUCUUUUAGGUGAAGCACAUGAUGCAUUAUGUCCCUCAAUAAACCAGCAAUGAUCUA